GUCGACAUGCUCUACCUGCUGUUCACAGAGGGGAACACCACCGGAAGACGCUUUAUGUUUUAAAUCUCGCGAUAUCAGGCCGAGCGAGACUUGUGGACGUUCUUUUCCACUGGAUCAUCGGGCAAGAUGGCGGACACCGAGAUCAAGAAGAAGCGUACCUUCAGGAAGUUCACCUACAGAGGGGUGGACCUGGAUCAGCUUCUGGACAUGUCCUACGAGCAGCUGAUGCAGCUGUACUGCGCCCGCCAGAGGAGGAGGCUGAACCGCGGCCUGCGCCGCAAACACCAGUCCCUCCUCAAGCGGCUGCGUAAAGCGAAGAAAGAGGCUCCUCCUAUGGAGAAACCAGAGGUGGUGAAGACCCACUUGAGGGACAUGGUGAUCCUGCCAGAGAUGGUCGGCUCCAUGGUCGGCGUGUACAACGGCAAGACUUUCAACCAGGUUGAGAUCAAGCCUGAGAUGUGUGGCCAUUACUUGGGAGAGUUCUCCAUCACCUACAAGCCAGUCAAGCACGGUCGCCCUGGUAUCGGAGCCACACACUCUUCCCGUUUCAUCCCUCUGAAGUAAAAUGGCUGUAUUGUUUAUAUAAAUAAAACAGAAAAUAAACUGGGCUUCCCCACAA